AUGUUCGACGAAACCCAGUCUCCUUCUCCCAACCACGCUCUCGUUGCUCUCGCACCAUUGGACCCAGACUGGCAGCCCAUCUUCCAAGCCUCAAACCAAGUCGUGCUCUACAACCCAACGUCGCACGCUCUCUCUAUAUGCAAAUCGUCUACCAUACUCGAAGGACACCAGCCGUCGUCGUGUCCUUAUUGCCACAGACCUCUACCGUCAGGGUUCGACCACCUCGAUACCGAUGAUGUCGAAGAUAUCGACUCGUCACGCCAUUCUCACCCCGCUUUUCACUCGCGCGCUUCCAACUACUUCCAGCUUCUCGCCAUCGCAAAUGAGACGUCAUCGCGGCCUUCGAGUCCUCCUCCACUCAUGGACGACGAGUCUAGGAGGCGGCGCCCUACCUUUCCACGCGAAGCUAUGGCUGAAGGAUAUUUCAGGGCGUUCUUCCAAGAGGAAUACAGCGUGCUAAUGCAAUGGGCAGAAGGCGGCAGUCUAGAUGACUUCAUCGAUCUCCGCCUUGGUCGUUCUACCAGGUUACCCCACAUUCAUGCCCAUGCCUCCUCUAUAUCUGGUCCAUCUUCUCCUUCUCCUUCCACCCCGCCUGCCUCCGAUCUUCACUCACCUUCUGCUCGCAUACGGGCUUUCCGUGCUAUGAAAAGGGCCCCACCAGAAGAGCGUGAGAGGCUAAGAAGGGAAAUGGAAGGCGGGAUUGGUGUAGGAGGGGUAGGUAUAGAUGGAGGAAGAGGUCGAACCUCGUUGAAGGCGGUUCAUCUGUUGAGCCCCGAAGAGGUCAAGAGCCUGUUCGCGGACGUGACGGAGGGGUUGGCGUUCUUGCACGAUAGGUCUAUUCUGCAUCUGGAUUUAAAGCCAGGCAACGUUCUCCUGACGUGGGACGAAGGCAAGCUUAUACCUCGGGCAAUGCUAUCAGAUUUUGGUACAUCACGAGAUAUGCUCCAUUCAAACCGCAAUCGCUCAGGAAACACUGGGACUCUAGAAUAUGCCUCACCUGAAUCGCUCCCUUCUCCCCAAACUGGACUGCUCCAGCAAGUCGACUCCAAAUCCGACAUGUGGUCUCUUGGCAUGAUUCUGCACAAGCUCCUCUUCUUCAAACUUCCAUACCAAUAUGCGGCUGACGGAGAGGCGAGCGUAGUGGACGAAAGUGAUAAGAUGAGUAAACUCGAGAUGGAGGUGUUUGACUAUCGCGGAUUUCGCCAGUCGCCAUCGCUGGUUACCUCGUUUGAAUCUCGACGCCUCCCACGUGCUUUCCUGUACCUUCUCGAAAGUCUACUGAAUGUUACACCUUCUUCACGACCUUCUUGCGAACGUGUACUUGGUGCUAUGCGUGAAGGACGGUUCGACCCAGUCACCCCUGUCCCAAACCAGGCAUCAAGUUCUCUGAUACCUGUCGUACGGAAAAUGAGUGAUGAGCGGCAGGGCCCUUCAAGUCCGACAUACGACGGAGAGCUCGUAAAUAGUCCUAGCAAUGGGCACUAUACUGAACGUGGUGACGAAGGUGGAGCUGCCAAGAGCGAGAAUGACCAGUGGUCAGCGUCUCUAGCUUUGAUGGAGCAAGACGGUGAGAAGACGCCCUUGCUACGACUAGCAGCUCCCCCAUCUGUCCCCUCUCUUGAGCCACUACCACGAAGACGUGUGUGGAGGUGGGUUGGGGAGGGGUGGAAUGCAGUCAAGGGUGUAAUGGAUAUGCAACCAGAGCUAGGAAUGAGAGGUAGACGCCUCGGUAUCCGACCGAGUGCAGAUAUGUAUGUGAGGGGUAUGAAGUCGUGCGUGCUUGCUGCGAAGGCCAUAUCGAUUUCGUGCUUUUCUCCGAGGAUGGUACGAGAGUAUCCAGCAACAGUAGGCGUGCUGAUGUCCUUGGGUGUGGCAGAUACGUUACUCGAUGGGUUGGGUGUGUCGAUCUUACUUGCCGCAGUGCAUGUCGCGGCAGUGUGGUGGGUUGGGGUGCAUGGAGAGUAAAGUUAUCAUGAUAGUCAUGGAAAAGGUUAUGGUUCUGGUGAUUCCACGGAGUGUGGAUCUGUGUAUCUUUAACAAUAUGUACACUUAUAUUCAAGUCUUAGAUCACUUUUAGGCGCGGUAUUCGUUCCUUUUAGGCACGGGAGGUCGUGCAGUGAAACGUUGCACAUUUUUCUUGUUUGGCCCAUCCCAGUUUUAUCCAUGUUCUCUAUACUAGUUGUUAGAUCACUGGAUUUAAAGACGUAUCCCAAAAUUUUUUCCAACUAA